GGAGGGGAAGGGGAGACAGGCGGUUUGCUGUCGAGGCCCUUGACCGUAUUCCUGAGGGAAAAAGGAACCGGCGGCGACGAGGAAGCGGGGACCCACCUUGGUCGACGGAGCCAUGGCCGUCUCGAGGCAGGACGGGGGAGCGACGGGGCUCCGGAGGGCGAGUCCAGGCGGCCCGCGGCGGCGGCGCUGGGCUAUGGCCGGCGAAGGGGACGACGGCGGCGAAGAGGAGGCCGACGCCGCGCUGACGCUGGUCCCCUUCUCGCCGGCGCCCUUGCUCAGCUUCGGCGCCGUCCGCGUGGGCACGUCGCGCCUCCGACGCCUGGCGCUCGAGAACCCGAACGCCGAGCCCGUCCGCGUGGUCGUCGGGAGACCCCCGCCCGCCGCCAAGGGCUUCGCCGUGCAGGAGCCGCGCCACUGGCUGCUGCAGUCUGGAGAGAGAAUAUUAAUUUCAGUAACAUGGACACCACUGGAAGGUGGCAAAGUGCGGGAGCUCAUAACAUUUGUUGUAAAUGAUGUUGUUAAACAUCAAGCAGUUUUGCUGGGUUCUGCUGAGCAGUCUACAAAGAAAAAGAAGAGUCUUUGGGAUACAGUUAAAAAGAGAGCUCCUUCACGGCAAUCACAAUAUCAGAAGAAACUUCCCAUAAUCAAAAAUAUAAAUGAAACUUUUCACAUGUCCAAAAAACCUGGAAGAGUUAGAAGCCCUCUCCAAGCCUGUGAGAACUUGGAAGUGAAUGGAUGCAGCAUUUCACCUAGUGGGAACAGUGUAAUCCUCUUAGAAAAUAGCUUCUUACACUCUCCAACUGAUCCCAUACUACAAGAAAAGCAGCGUGUCACUAAUCCCCCUCUUUCAAUGGGGAGAUCAAUUCCAUAUUUUGUUACUGGUACAGUAGCAUUUAAUGAAUUACAGCAGGAUACAAAACAGACCUGUACUGUUAUGCCAAAGUGUGACAAUCUUGUGGAAACCAAAUUGGAAAGUGGACGUAUUAGUUCAGUGAAAGUGGAAAGUUCUAGUACAGAUUCAGUUUGCACACCAGAAAAUCUGAAAAGCUUUCCUUUGAAUCACAGGAAAAUUUUAAGCCCUGAUUCUUUUGUACAUGAUAGCUAUGAACUUUGUGAAGAGCCUUCUAUAGCUACAAGAGUGCCAGUUCUUUCACCUGAUCAGUUUUUAAAAGAGAAUCAAAUAGUUAUUCAGCCAACUUCACAAGUACAUAAAUCGGUGUCCCAUUCUUCAAGUUUGGGAUCUUACACAAUUUGUUCACAACAGAAGGAAAGAAUGCAAUUUUUACUUUUCCUGUGGAGUCUCAUUUUUCAAGCAAGCAACUUAAUGAUGCACACAGUAAAAAAAAUGCAGCAUUUCAGUUUGAAAAGUUUGAACGAAAUGCAAGUGGGUGCAAGAAAAAUGGCCCAGAUCAAAUUUGCUCCUUCCAGAAAGAACAUGGUAAAAAAAGGCCUCUGUUGUGCAACACAGUUACUAAAAGUAAGUCAGGUCCUGAGGGACAAGGAAGGAACUCACUAAAACCAAAAUCUAGAAAA